CCCUCAGAUCUUUCUCUCAAUCCCAAUAGAAAAACACUUUCUUGUAAGAACCAAACACCACAACCCACAGUCCUCUCUCUCUCUCUCUCUCUCUCUCUCUCUCUCUCUAGAACUCCGCUCAACUUUCUCUGUCUACAACGAAACGGAAACAGAGUGGAAAAGAUUCAAUGGCUAUGGUGGACGAUUCCAGUGGCGUGAUUGACGAGGCCUACGAGUUCUCGGCGCCUCAGUUCUACGACUUCAUCGAGGGAGAGUCCGAGGAGGAGACGCGCGCGGCAGAGCUAUGGUUCGAUACCGCCCUCGCCUACGCCCCUUCUCCUUUUAUGCAAAGAAUAAAGAUAGGACGAUCAGUUCAGGUUGAAAGCCUUUGUGAUUUCAGUGAAGCCGAGCAGUUGCAGAAGGCAUCAACUUCAACAGAAACUAAUGCAUUAAAAAUCACGGAGCAAAUAACUUUGGCACCAGAGAAUGAUCAAAUAAGGACUCAGUCUCAGGUCAGGCCCACCGAAAUGAGGGAACAAGUAGUCCCAAAUGAGACCAAAGUAGAUGCCAGUGAAAGACAUAUCAAUAUGGUUGCAGCAGCUGAGAAUAUUUGCGAAGUUAAAGAUGUUGUAUCCACCAUAGAAACUGGAAGCAUGAAAACUGGAGAGGAUUCUUGCACUGUCAAACUUGGACCCCAGAAAGAUGAGCAUAAGCUGCCAGUGACACCAGAAAUUAUUUGCACCCCAAAAGCAUCAACAAUGGUUUCUGGAAAGGGUAAUAACCACCUGUUACAGGCCGAUUCUAAGAAAGAGCAAACAGCAAAAAAGAUUGCCAGUGGUAUGCUCAGGAACCCAUCAGCGCUGAAGUCACAAAAUCGGUCACAGUUAUCACAAGCUAAAAGCACUAAACCAGCUAGUGUGAGAAGGGAAACAAAUUUGAAACAAAAUGCUUCAACUCCUAAUUUUGGUCAAGAAAACCAAGCCAUUAAAAGGCAAAAGUUGGAAGGAGGGAGAUCCAGACAGAUUCUUAACAUCAAGCCUCAAAUAUUGCCCCAUAAAUCAAGACCCGGACUUAUCAGUAGCAGUUCUAACUUGUGCCCUUCAACUGCCAGAACUCGUAAAGAGGACAGAAAGGUUUAUGUUCGGGAACCAGCCGCCCCAUUCAUUUCAAUGGCAGAGAUGAUGAAAAAGUUCCAAUCCAAUACGAGAGAUGUCUCACUACCUCAUGAUAAUGCAUUGGCACAGAAGAAGACCAAACUUACACUGACCAGGCCAAAGGAACCUGAAUUUGAAACGGCUCAGAGGGUUCGGUCAGUGAGGGUCAAGAGUUCUGCUGAACUUGAGGAAGAGAUGAUGGCUAAAAUUCCAAAGUUUAAGGCUCGGACUCUAAACAAGAAGAUUUUUGAAGCUCCAAGCUUACCACCACUUCCAAGAUCUACACCCCAUCAACCAGAAUUUCAGGAAUUUCAUUUGGAGACUAUGGAAAGGGCCAAUCACAAUGCAGAAACAUCAACUAUAGCCUCAAUAGAAUCUGCUCCUCAGAAUCAUCAGUGGAAACCUCAUCAUCUUACGGCACCCAAAUCACCCCUUCUUCAAACAUCUCUGAGGGCACGGCCUCCGAGGAUUAAAACAUCGGAAGAAUUGGAAAAGGAAGUACUUGAAAAUGUUCCAAAGUUCAAAGCAAGGCCUUUGAAUAAGAAGAUAUUUGAAAGUAAAGGAGAUCUAGGUAUGUUUUGCAACACAAAGCGGCACGUCACUGUUCCUCAAGAGUUUCACUUUGCAACAGAUGAAAGGAUUCCCCCACCCGCAAACAUUGCUGACAUGUUUGAUAAGCUUUCAUUGUGCUCGGAAGCUCACCAUGAGAAACGAAUUCCAAGGAACACUACACCGAACCCAUUCCAUCUCCACACAGAGGAAAGAGGAGUGGUGAAAGAGAGGAAAUUUGUGACGGAGGUCGUGCAGAAACUGAUUGAAGAGGAGAGAGCCAGGAUUCCAAAGGCUAACCCAUACCCUUAUACCACUGAUUAUCCUGUGAUUCCGCCUAAACCGGAGCCGAAGCAUUGCACAAAACCAGAACCUUUCCAAUUGGAAAGUUUGACGAGGCAUGAAGAGGAAAUGCAGAAGGAAAUGGAAGAGAGGCGGAGAAUGGAGGAGGAAGAAGCUCAAAUGAGGAUUUUUAAGGCACAGCCAAUAUUGAAAGAGGACCCAAUUCCAGUUCCUGAAAAAGUACGCAAACCACUGACAGAGGUUCAAGAAUUCAAUCUGCACAUAGAACAUCGAGCCGUGGAUAGAGCAGAGUUCGAUAAAAAGAUUAAGGAGAAGGAGAUGACAUAUAAGAGAUACAGAGAGGAGGCCGAGUCUGCAAAGAUGAUGGAGGAAGAGAAGGCCUUGAAGCAAUUGAGAAGGACAUUGGUGCCUCAUGCAAGACCGGUGCCAGACUUUGCUCAUCCUUUCUUACCACAGAAGUCUUUGAGGGAAAUCACAAAACCGAAGUCCCCGAUAUUGCGUGUUAACCGAAGACAAGAUAGGCGAAAGUUUGUAAGUGCCGUGGCAGCCGCUUCCAGUGCCGCCUCCAAUAUGAGGUGACAAUCGACGAACACAACCAGGGGGGCGGUCGUUCAAGCACUCUUGAACCAACUUAUUGUGCUGUCAAUUCAUCAUUGUAUUGAUACUAACUAUGCAUAUUCUUUUGUAAGAAGCUAGAAGGAACAAAAGGGUAGCAAUAUGUAAUCGAACAACCUGUAGAAAUGUGCAAAUUCAUUAACGAAUC